AUGAUAGGAGCUUCUAAAGCUCUUUAUCAUUCCAAUAGUGACAUAGUAAAUUUGACUCCGGAUAAUUUUGAUGAAUUAGUGUUGAAAAAAAAUGACGUUUGGCUCGUGGAAUUUUUUGCACCAUGGUGUGGACAUUGCAAAACUCUAGUACCUGAAUAUACAAAAGCAGCUACUGCUCUACAAGGAAUUGUGCAGGUGGGAGCUAUCAACGCCGAUGAGCAUAAAUCUCUAGCUAAAAAAUACAAUGUACGAUCAUUUCCGACAAUUAAGAUUUUUGGUAUAGACAAAAAGUCACCAGAAAAUUAUAAAGGACCUAGAACUGCUCCAGAAAUUAUCGAAUCUGCCAUGUAUGCAGCGACGAAACAUGCAAUGGGCAAAUUAGGUGUCAAAUCCGGUUCAAAAGAUAAUUCUGGUGAUGUAAUUGACUUGAAUGAUUCGAGUUUUGAUAAAUUGGUGAUUAAAUCAGAUGACGUGUGGUUAGUUCAAUUUUAUGCGCCGUGGAGUGCUGAUUGCAAAAAAUUGGCACCCAACUGGGCCAAAGCAGCAACAAUGUUAAAAGACAAAGUUAAAUUCGGAGUUAUAGAUGCCACUGUACACACGAAUAUAACUAGUCAAUAUAAGGUACAAAGUUAUCCCACAAUUAAAUUCUUUGCACCAGGCAAAAAACAUCCCUAUUCUGUCUCAGAAUACGAUGAUGGUAUAACUACCCACGACAUCGUUACUUGGGUACAUGAUAAAUUUUCAGAAAUGAUUCCUGCUCCAGAAAUUGUUGAACUGAUUAAUGAAGAAGUAGCUUCCAAAACCUGUCUGAAGACUCCUUUAUGUAUAGUUUCAAUUCUACCUCAUAUUUAUGACUGUAAUGCAGCAUGCCGCAAUAAAUACAUUACACUACUAAAAACUAUGGGUGAAAAGUUCAAACAAAAAAUGUGGGGAUGGCUUUGGACAAGAGCUGGCGCUCAACCUACUGUCGAGGAAGUUCUAGAAAUCAAAGGAUAUCCUGCUAUGGCUGUAGUAAACCUUACAACAAAGAAAUACGCCUUACUAACAAACCGAUUCUCACAAAAUGAAAUAAAUGAAUUUUUGAACGAUUUUUCCCAUGGUCGUGUUCAGCCGGCGCCAAUUAAGAAAGUGAGAGGGCAUUUAAUACAUUCUGUCAAACCUUGGGAUGGAAAAGAUGGAUCAUUACCUGAAGAUGACAUUGAUGAUCUUUUUGAUAUACUCAUAAAUGAAAAAGAUGAGUUGUAA